GACAAACUUACUUGGAGGACGGAGGGGGACGAGCGUCACGUCACCAGCACAUUUGUAAGGGCUUGUCAGUGAGACCCGCAGCUGUCCGGCUGGCUGCCACUUGAUACUUUUGCGGCUUGCUGUAAUUUGGCUUGGCCCAGCUGGUGUGAAGUGGUACUUUGACAUUUAAUCCUACUACCUGGAUCCAGAGCCGGCUGAGGAUGGAGCUGCUUUCGGCGAUGCACCUGGACGAGCUUUCUUUGCGUUUCUCGCAGAUUAACAUGUACCCGCUGUUUGAUAUCGCUCACUAUAUCAUAUCUGUUCUAGCGCUGAAAGAGCAAGCAGGAACUGCUGAUGUGGCUCAGCGCAGUCCCCUUGCUUGCUGGUUUAGUGCUAUGAUUUACUGCUUUGGUGGCGCCAUGCUGUCGAGUCUUCUCUUGGCUGAGCCACUAAUAGCACCUCUUUCCAACAAUACCAAUAUAUUUCUUGCAUCAUUCAUCUGGUAUAUUGUGUUCUACUGCCCUGGAGAUCUCGCUUACAAAUGCUUUACAUUUCUGCCAUUGCGUCUUGUCCUAGCCAGUAUGAAAGAGGUGACAAGGACAUGGAAAGUGGUUGGCGGGGUGACACAAGGUCAGAAAUAUUAUAAAGAUGGAUGGCUGGCAAUUAUUGCUGUUGGAUGGUCCAGAGGUGCUGGAGGUGGGCUGAUGGCUAACUUUGAGCAACUCGUGAGAGGAAUUUGGAAACCUGAAACCAACGAGUUGCUAAAAAUGACUUAUGCCACCAAAGUGACCUUGAUUGGAUCCGUGCUUUUCACUUUUCAGCAACGAGGAAGCCUCCCACUUGCCAAGCAUCAUUUCAUGUUGAUUUAUUCUGUGUGUCUCGUUGUUUUAAAGGUCAGAAUGAUGAUUGGUGGUCCCAGCAUGUCUCCAUUUGCUGCAUUUGAGACACUUUUAUUCUCCUCAUUAUUUGGAUGGCAGAAGCAGUCAAGCGAGAAAGGAACCUCAGUUUUGACUGCUGGGAAAAUGUCUCCCACAAGUUCUAGCGCAGCUUCAGCUAAUGAUGUCAAAGAAUCCGAGGAGAGAUGUUCUGAUCCAGCAUUGCCAGACACGAACGCCAACAUUCUUGAAACUGAAAGAAAGAAGUCCUCCAUCUCCGAAGAGGAGGAUAAAAACGACAAUAUAGUAAGCAAGAAAAAAGACUGAAAUUUGCAGAGUUUCGUUUUAAGUUUUCAGUCAGAGAUUAUAUUGAAUGUUUCUAAAUAUUCUAAAAAUAUUCUAUUUUCUUAUGGUGAGUGGUUUCGUUUAGAUUAUAUCAGAGGACUUUCUUGGAAUUGCAGCCUAUUUAAAACAGUUCCUUUUUGAAGUUGUAUGAAGAUUUUUAUUAACACCGGUGUAAUUAUUUAUAAAUAAUUUUCAAACACUAUUUUUAAAGUUUGCACUGAUUAAAAGAUAAUAAAAUAGAUAACAAAAUAUGUGUAGGUUUAGUCGUAUUUGUAUGAUAAUCUAUGGAAAAACCUCUUACAAUCGUAAUGUCAUAAACAUGAGAAAUGACCACCAGUGGAAAAGCGGGGCUUCCCUUUGGUUAGAGUGAGGUUAGAAAUGGUGGAGGGGGCAUCGUGCAUCACUGUGGCCAGAGGGGAGGCAGCCCCCCGCCAUGUGCUUGUGACCCAGCAUCAGCCACGCCAUCCACAAUCUUACGGUAAGCAUACAUGAAAGUUCUACACGCGGUCGCUACAGCUCUGUGAUGUCACGCUGACCUUACAAAGCAUCAUGGGGCUCUGGAAAAAAAAGAAUGUUUCACGAAGUUGGCAGCAUAUUUUCCAGAAAAAUAUUCAGCGAACAAGGUUACGCCAGUGAACAUGGCAUAUUUGCAGUAAAAACAACACUAUCCACACUAGUAGCUACGUUAUAUGACCAAAGCUUUGUGGACACCUCACCAUCACACCUAAAUUAGGAGAUUGUAGGACAUCCUGUUCUUCCACAACCCACAGGUAUUACUAUGGAGUCGGUCCCCAUUUGUGGCUCUAACAUCCCCUACUCUUUUUGGAAUGUGUGUGUGGGAAUUUGUGCCCAUUUGGCCAAAAGCGAGCAUUUGGUGAGGUCGGUUGGGAUGAGAAGAGAUGAAUCAAUUCAUCCAAAAUGUGUUCAACAAUCGAUGAGGUGCAGACCACUUUAGUUCCUCCGUUCUUUACGCAAAGAACCCUACACACAUGGAGUAAAUUACUAAGUAGUGUGGUGCAGAGUAGAACUUGUAAGGACCUUCAGAUCUCAACUUGAUGGUAUUUUGGACAAUCUUGUUGGGCUGAAUGGCGAGAGGUUUCACUUUUGGAUUUUCAAUAAUUUUUGCCAACCUUUCUGAAAACACGCUUACACUUUGAAAUUAUGGGUUAUUGAGUGUAAAUUGGUGGUCAAAAACAGUCAAUUUAUCCAUUUAGAAUUUAAUCUCCGUAAAGUGUGCAGAAAGUGAAAGGGGUCUGAAGACUUUCUGAAUCUGCUUUGUAUAUCGUGUGCAACAAAUUUAAAUUGUUUUAUACUGUUGCAUUGGAUUGGUUCAGAAAUGUGACACCACCCUCUACUUUGAGGUCCACCUUCAUGAGACGCUGGAUUGGUUUAGGAAGGUGACACCGCCCCCUACUUUGAGCGCCAUCUUCAUGAGGCAUUAGAUUGGUUUAGAAAGGUGACACUGCUCCCUACUAUGAACUCUCACUUCAUGAGGAAUUGGAUUGGUUUAGAAAUGUGAAACCGCCCCCUACUUUGAGGUCCGCCUUCAUGACGCGCUGGAUUGGUUUAGGAAGGUGACACCACCCCUUACUUUGAGCACUGCCUUUAUAAGUCAUUGGAUUGGUUGAAAAUGUCACACCACCCCCUACUUUGAGCUCCAUCUUCAUGAGACAUUGGAUUGGUUGGGAGCCUUCUAAUGGUUUCCAUCCAGUUUUAAGCACAAUUCACUCCCGCUUGUCUCCAAGUGUAUCCUUUACACGUCUGGCUUCAGAGAGGCUAGCUUACCCCUGAAAACUGCUGUCCUGUCAGAUUCACUGUAUUCUAGUAAAAAAAAAAAAAAAAUAGAGGAG